AUUUAUUUCUUUCGUUGGCUAACAACAUUCAAAGUGACCAAAUCAUCAAACAUUAGACCUUAUUAGUUUGUCAAUAUUUUUAUUAUUGUCGUGAGAUGAAGUGUGGAAUAUUGUUCAUUGCGCUGGUAUCAGUGCUAUCGUUGGACGCGAAUGCAGUAUCGGUUGAUUAUUAUCCUCAUGAUCAUCAUUCACAUCCAGCCCAUGUUAAAUAUAUUGAGCCAACACAUGUGAAACCUGUAAACUAUAUUCAAUCAGCACCAAUUGCACCAGUUUACAAACACAUUCAAGCCGCUCCAGUCAAAUACGUUCAUCCCGAACCACAUCACGUGAAAUAUGUGGAUAAUCAUUAUGCGAAAAAAUUCUAUGAGCCAGAAUAUAAGCAUGUUGAAUAUGAUGCGCCAGCCCAAUACGAAUUUGGUUAUGACGUGAAUGACCCGAACACCGGCGAUGUAAAAAGUCAUUCGGAAAAAAGAGACGGACACACGGUGCAUGGUAGCUAUACAGUUUUGGAUCCAGACGGUUUUAAACGAAUUGUUGAAUAUACGGCUGACGAACAUAAUGGCUUUAAUGCGGUUGUACGACGUGAACCAGUCGAUGUCAAAGUCAUUAAAAAGGUCUAUGAACCAGAAUUAGUUAAACAUGUCGCUCCAGUUGCCGUUAAAUACUAUACCCCACAGCACGAGGCAAUCGUUGCUGAACCACCAAAAUAUGUUGCACCCGUACACCAAAAGGUGUUUUCGCCAAUAGUCAAGCAAUAUACGGUUCCUCCACAGUACUAUGCAAAACCGGAACAUCCAAAAUUUUUCAAACCAAUUGAAACAGUUGCAAAAAUUGUGAAACCAUCAUACGAAUACGAUCCACAUCCACAUCAUACAGCUGUUAAAUAUGUAACACCAGGCCAACACUACAAUCAUUAUUAAUGACAUCCAUUUGAUCAUUCUCUAUAUAAUAUAUGUAUUACAAUCUUUUGAAUUUUAUCUUUUAUCGCUAAGUAUAGAGUAUUAUGUAAAUAAAUGUUUAUUGAUUUGAAUGAAUGAA